GUUUUAUUGUCAAUCGAGGAAUCUACCCCUACAUUCCCGAGCUUCCAUGUGUGACAGCCCGGACGUGAUUCGGGAUCUCGAUACAUUCAUUUGAAUACCCCUCGCUCUGCGUGUGACAUAUAUAAAGCCUGGAAGGGUGUAAGCAAGUACCGAUGGAUGACUCUGCGCAUGGGUCCCGGUGGAUGGAAUCGGGAGAUCUGUCCAGCAGCCCCUACCAGCCCGACGAACCGGCCCCGGCGUCUCCGACAUUAGCGAUUGCGAAAUAUAUACCGGGUCGAUCGUUUCACCACGACGAGUUAGACGGUGAGAACGGGCAGUUGUUCGUGCAGGAUUGCGGAUAUCAGUCGUCGGCUUCCUCGACACAAUACUCGAGUGACAUACUGAGCGGGAGCCCGGAUGAGGGAGAUCAGGCAGGUGGUGUGCAUUCGAGGGCCUCGAGCCGAUCUUCUAUUUCCUCGCUCCCAGCCUCGGUGCUGACACAACCACCGGAUCGCAUCAAAACGUUCAACAAAGACGGAACACACGAUCACAUAGCCCUUCAUCCCUGGGAUGACGAGUUCAACCACACCAGCUACGACAAGAUGGACUCGCCCUUCAAGAGCAUCAACGCCAUCCGACGCCGCGAAACAGCAUUCCGCAAGCCCAGCUCGGUGCGAGCCAUGCAGAUGCACACCGAAGACGAAGGCGACGAUGACUUUCUGACACCCCCGAGGCGCCGAGCUGGCGCUCGUCUCUCCGACAUCUCCAUGCGAUCUGCGGGCUCGUCUCCGAUCAAGCGGUCACCGUACUACUCGCCCAGUGGGUCCGCAAGCAAACCCAAGCCCAAGAAGGAAUACCCGCUCGUUCUUCUCCACUGCACCUUGUUGCCGCCGUCGCUCCCUAUCUCGGGCUUUACGGACACGCCUGAUCAGAAGCUAUUGAGGGAGGUACUUCCGGGGGAGUACUGGCGGCGGUGGAAACUUUUGCAGGAGAAGGUCGGUUCGGGGGUGCUUCGCGACCGGGGUGUGCUUAUAUCUCAUCCGGAGGAUAUGUACGACCUGCUUGAGGAUCGGUUAUUGGAGAGUCUGGAGCUGCAGCGACCGCGGCUUGACCAUGGUCACUUUCUAGGUCGAGACGAGGCUGAGUCCGAGGAAGAGACACUUCACGGCGAGGAAAGCGCCACAGACGACGAGCAAGGAGAACCGUGUCCAGACUGUGGGGGCCGAGUAGUCCGCCACCGAGACACUGGACGCAAGUGGGAGAUCAAAGUCUUCGCAGCGAAUGGCCUCAUGCGGGCCGGGGCUUGGGCUGCAGCUUGGAGGGAGAUGGAGAAGGUGGAUGUGGAAGUUGGACUUUGGCUCCCGUCGGAGGUGCGGAGGGAGCUUGAGAGAAGACUGCUCGAGAAUGAGAUAUAUCAAAUGGAGAGCCGCCCGCCUGCACCUCAAUUACGAGGACCUUUACGCGAGUCGGAGCCGACCUUUGAGCAGGAACCGAUCGCCACCGUGCAUCACGAACCACACUCGAUGAGCCUCGACACAGAGAAGCGGAGAUUGCCCAUUCUGGAUUCGGAGACGCCACCAGACCGCAGUCCAUCGCCGAGCGAUCAUAUUUCCAGUCAAUAUUAUUCUACACCUCCGGCAGAGAUCGACCUCAACACGCUGCUGGUGAAUUAUCUCCGGGUGUUGGCCAGCGAUCCGCGCAAUGUCGUCCUGGCUUUUCUUGCUAUUCUUGUCGCUUUCCUGGUAACUGGUUCCAGAUCUGGAGCUCCCAGCACCAGCACUGAAGUACAACCGUCCGCUUCGGACAUGGUUUAUCAUGCUUCUAUGCAGACUGUGUCACUGGAGCAUUAUUCCUCUGUAGUCGGGCCGGGCUCUGCAUAUUCUUCCGAAUCUCCGGGUAUGGAGGACCUGGAUGGAUCAGAAUUGGAGCUGCAUGCCUCUGUUCCUCUUUCUCCUACGUCGGUUUCUCAAAAAGACUACCACAAUGACUCUCAGGUCGAGUCCCAAAAUGAUUCACAGACCGAAUUUCAGACCGGUUAUCAAAACGAUUCCCCAAACGAUUCCCCGAACGAGCCCCAGUUCGAGUCCCAUUUCGAGUCCCAAAAUAAUUUGCCGGCGCGAGCUGCGACAUCUAUCUCCGCAGAUAUGAUCCGUCCGAUGAGCACACCCAAAUCUGUGGUUAAAUAUGACUUGGAUUCCGAGCCCGAGACUGAUCUCCCACUUGCCGAGGAGAGCGCAGAUACAUAUGCACCACCAGAUCCUUUGACACAACCCAACGAUCCUGCACGCACCGUGACGGAUGCCGCUGUUAAUGCAGCGGAGGUGGUCGAAUUAAUGGACCUGGACCUUGCAGCUGCAGCUGCCUAUGCCCAAUGUCCGGUAUUCCAUAACCUGUAACUGAUUCAACAAUGAUCAUGCAUAGGUACGGAGAAAUACGAUUGAUGACUGAUGAGAUCUAUCCCUUUUCAUUGAACGGUUUGGCUAUUGCUUUUCCAGUUAAUAAUGUGUUGUUUAAGCUUUUAUUCGAUUUUCUAUGAUGGCAUGGUGGGGGUUUAUAUCGCCGUGGACGUGUUAUGUUACACAUUGCAAACUAGCGC